UUUCCGCUCUCUUCCAUUUUGUUAGAUCGUGGGCUUAGAGAUGUGCACGUUGUGGUUCUGAUUCUCGAAGUUGCAUUGUAUUAGUAAUUGUAAUAAGUAUUUUGUUUGAUUAUAGAAUUAUUUUAUAAAGUUUCAACUGUUUAAGAAUGUCCAAACGAGGACGUGGUGGUUCUGCGGGAGCCAAGUUCCGUAUAUCUCUUGGUCUCCCUGUCGGUGCAGUCAUAAAUUGUGCUGAUAAUACUGGAGCGAAAAAUCUAUAUGUAAUUGCUGUUCAGGGAAUUAAAGGUCGCCUAAAUAGGCUUCCAGCUGCAGGGUCCGGUGAUAUGAUUGUUGCAACUGUCAAGAAGGGAAAGCCUGAGCUCAGGAAAAAGGUGAUGCCGGCAGUGGUGAUCCGGCAGCGGAAACCGUUCCGGAGGAAGGAUGGUGUGUUCAUAUACUUCGAGGACAAUGCAGGCGUUAUAGUGAACAACAAAGGCGAGAUGAAGGGCAGCGCUAUAACCGGACCUGUGGCCAAAGAGUGUGCAGAUCUCUGGCCUAGGAUAGCCUCCAAUGCGAGUAGCAUUGCUUGAAAUAACAGAAUAAAAAUUUGUUAACAUAA